GUGCUCCAGCAACCAUGGCAAUGGCGCCAUUACAAUUUGUUGCAGACCGCUUGCAAGCGCGUGCGGACUAGCUUAUUUUGGGAGUUUUCUUGCAACUUUAACUUUGUUGACUGCGACAUAUCGGUCAUGUCACUAACGUUUGGCCGAUGCCACCGUCUUCUACUAUCGAGGAUGCUGAGUCUGUCCUCUCGAUCGCCUCCUAAGCUCCAAAGUUACGAAGCCUGCUUCGCACGGUGUCGCAGGGACUUCGCUACUGACAGGCGAAAUCCGAAAGACAAGAAAGUGCCGAUCACGUGGAAAAGCCUGGGCAUUACUUUCGCCAUCGGCGGCUGCCUGUUAGCCGGGAUGAUGUACACGAAAAAGAAAAAGCAGCAAGCCUUGGAAAAGGAACGCAAGAGGGCUCUGGGAAAGGCAGCCAUCGGAGGCCGUUUUGAGCUGGUGGACCACAAUAAUGAACCCAAGUCGAGCAAGGACUUUCUGGGCAAAUGGCUGCUGAUAUACUUUGGGUUCACCCACUGUCCGGAUAUCUGCCCCGACGAGCUCGAAAAACUGGGCAAGAUCAUAGACAUCAUGGACAAAGAGAUGCCGGACAUCCCGUUCCAACCAUUAUUCAUAUCUAUAGACCCUGAGAGGGAUGAUGUGAAGGCAGUCAAGGCUUAUGUGUCAGAGUUUCAUCCGAAAAUCUUGGGCCUUACUGGAUCCAAGGAGCAAGUUGAAAAGGCGUCGAGAGCCUUCAGAGUGUACUUCAGUGCUGGCCCUCGGGAUGAGGCUGAUGACUAUAUUGUCGACCACACUGUGAUCAUGUACUUGGUGGACCCCGACGGGGAAUUUGUGGACUACUACGGCCAGAAUAGGACGGCCAACCAGAUAGCGUCGGCUAUGCAACUUCAAGACGUCAAGUACAAACGUGCCAAGGGAGGCUCUUGGUUUUGAUCAAGCUGCAAGACUCAACUUUUUUUCCUUUGACGUAUGCGUGAGAACAGCUUCAACUGUAACACUGUAAAUAUGACACUUAUGCACCAAGUUAGUAAAUAUAAUGCGCAUUUACGAAUAAACAAGAAUUGAUGCU